GGGUGCGGUUGCAUCGUCGUGGUGGUCGGUCACGCGGUAGUACGUGCGUGCGUGCGUGCGUGCGUGCGUGCGUGCGAAGCGGGAAAGAGACGACGACCCUAUCUGUGCCUUUCGCGCGGGGGUGGAUGUGGAGGAUGUGCGCGUGCCGAUAACGAUAAGGCCGCCGCAGGGAUGUGCCUAGCGGGGGGCACUCGAGCCCUCCUGCUCCUGGUGCUCGUGCUGUGCCAGCGUGCCGGCCGCGUCGAUGGCAAGAAUGACAACUACCAGAUGAGCGACGUCUGCAAGAAGUACUUCCUGCGGGAUCUCUACAGGAAGAUAGACGGCGCCGUUCUUACCUCGCAAAAUGAGAGGGACCUCGAUUGCACCAUUACUUUCCAGACUCACAGCAUCCUCCAGCGGUUUAUGCUCCGAUUCGAUCAGCUGCAGUUAGACUGCAACGACCAUCUCUACAUCUACGAUGGCGCGCACGCGGUCGGCAGUUACAAG